AUGCCGUUUGUGAAAGUUUUGAAAAAUAAGGCGUAUUUUAAACGGUACCAGGUCAAGUAUCGUCGUCGUCGAGAAGGCAAGACGGAUUACCGUGCUCGGAAGCGUCUGAUUACGCAGGACAAGAACAAGUACAAUUCUCCCAAGUAUCGUCUUGUUGUUCGUAUUACCAAUACAAAAGUGAUUUGUCAAAUUGCUUACGCUGAAAUUGAUGGCGACAAGAUUUUGGCUCAAGCGACAUCGACAGAACUUCCUCGUUAUGGGCUUACUGUAGGACUGAAAAACUAUGCUGCGGCAUAUGCAACGGGUCUACUUGUUGGUCGUCGGGUGCUUCAGAAACUUGGUCUUGACUCGGAUUACGAGGGCAACACGGAAGUUGAUGGAGAAAUUGUCAAGACGGAGAGUAACGGACGGACGUACUUUGUGGAUGAAGUUGCCGAUGAAAAGCGUCCUUUCCGUUGUUACCUUGAUUGUGGUCUUCGUACCACUACGACGGGUAACCGUGUGUUUGGUGCUCUUAAAGGUGCUGCUGAUGCUGGCUUGGAUAUUCCACACAGUGAAAAGCGUUUCCCUGGCUACAGUCGGGAUGACAAGAGCUAUGAUGCUGAGGUUCACCGGGACCGUAUCUUUGCUGUCCACAUUUCGGACCACAUGAAGGAACUGGAAGAGGAUGACCCUGAAAUGCUUGCUGCUCAUUAUGCCGAGUACGUUAAAGCAGGAGUGAACCCCGAUGAGCUAGAAGACUUGAUUACGAAGGUGCAUGAGGCUAUUCGUGCUGAUCCGUCCCCUGCUCCUAAGAAGGAUCACUCUUUCGACAAGAAGUACAAACGUCAAGCCAAGCGUUCGCGUCAACAACGCCAGGCUCGUGUUGCUCAGAAGAAAGCCCACGCUGCUUCGAAGAAGGAAUAG